CAAACUAACGGGGUAAAAAUGUCAUUAGAAAAAACAGUUGAUACACUCUCUGCUCUCUUCUUUCCCCCUUCUCUCUCCGGUAAACCAUGAAUUUCUCCCCUCGCCGUGGCCGGAAACCCCCCACACCAACAGUUCCGGCGAAACCUUCCGACAGCAUAUACUCCACCUUCGGAUACAACGACACCGAUGCCGUCGAGCAACUCUCCGGCGAUGACAUCGACGACGACUCUCUCCCUCCUCUCCUCAAGCGCCUUCCUAAGGACUUCGGCGGCGCCGGAUCCUUCGAUUUCGACGCCGAAACUUCGGACGAUAUUUCCGGCACUUUUAUCAUCAAGCCUGAUCAGCGUCAUCAUCGUUCAACUUCACCUCCAGAAGCUCCUCAUUCUGUGAGAAGAUCUCGUAAUCCUGUUUUUUCAUCUUCGUCUAAACCUAAAUUCAGUUCUAGGACAGUCGAAUUGAAUGAUGACGACGACGAUGAUGAUAAUGGCGAUUUUGGUACUUUUGUGGUGAAAAAGGGGAGAGAUGAUGAUUAUGAUGAUGAUGAGGAGGAGGAAGAGGAGGAUGAGGAUGAGGAAGGAGGAGAGUUCCAAACUUUUGUGGUGCAAAAGACGGCGAAAAAGAGGAGGGAGAAAGAGAGUGAGGAUGUUUCUGGAACCAUGGUGAGGAAGACUAGUGGUGGUGAUGAUGGUUCCUCAAUGAGUAGAGCGGUUGCGAGUAUGAAGGCAGCAGGAGAGUUAGGGUUUGGCGGGAGGAAUAAGAGGAGUGCUGGUGCUGGUUCGGGCCAGUCGGAGGAUAUUACUGGUCAAAUGAGGCAGUUGCAAAGUAAAAUGUCUUCGAGUUCCAUUCCUGAUUGUAUUGCUAGGGAAGAUCCUUGCACAAAGUAUGAGUUGCUUCAUGAAUUAGGGAAAGGUUCGUAUGGGGCUGUUUAUAAAGCUAGAGAUUUGAAGACUUCAGAGUUAGUUGCGAUUAAAGUUAUAUCAUUGAGUGAAGGGGAGGAGGGUUACGAGGAGAUACGCGGUGAGAUUGAAAUGUUACAGCAGUGUAGUCAUCCAAAUGUCGUUCGAUACCUUGGUAGCUACCAAGGAGAAGAGUAUCUCUGGAUAGUGAUGGAGUACUGUGGGGGCGGAAGUGUUGCUGAUUUGAUGAAUGUUACUGAAGACCCUUUAUGUGAAAUUCAAAUUGCCUACAUUUGUAGGGAGGCAUUAAAGGGUUUAGCUUAUUUGCAUUCAAUCUUCAAGGUUCACCGAGAUAUUAAGGGUGGUAAUAUAUUACUGACAGAACAAGGAGAGGUGAAGUUGGGUGAUUUUGGUGUGGCAGCACAGCUGACAAGAACCAUGUCUAAGCGCAAUACGUUCAUUGGUACUCCACAUUGGAUGGCUCCGGAAGUUAUUCAAGAAAGUCGAUACGAUGGAAAGGUGGAUGUCUGGGCUCUUGGAGUAUCUGCUAUAGAGAUGGCAGAGGGACUUCCUCCCAGAUCAGACGUGCAUCCAAUGCGGGUUCUGUUCAUGAUAUCUAUUGAGCCUGCUCCAAUGCUUGAGGAUAAAGAAAAAUGGUCUCUAAUAUUUCAUGAUUUCGUGGCUAAAUGUCUAACCAAGGAACCCCGUCUGCGUCCGACUGCACCUGAAAUGCUGAAGCAUAAAUUCAUUGAUAGAUGCAAAGGAGGAGCUUUUGCAAUGUUGCCAAAGAUUGAGAAGUCUAGACAAAUCAGGGAAUCCAUGGUACUUCAAGCGCAAAGUCUUACUGAUGGAACCUUGUUGGCAGGGCAGAUGGAGGUGCAAAAAGUGAAUCACGACUUUGGUGACACAGUUCCGUCAAAGCCUAUCAACGUUGCGCUGACGAAUAAAAAUGAGAUAUCCAAGGUUGCGGGGUCAGCAAAGGAGCAAGCUCUUCAGGAUGAGGAACUGGAUGGAGAAGGUGAUUUUGGGACUUUUGUAGUCCAUGGGGGGAAUGAAGAGAAGACAUCUUCAUCAUUUUAUGGGAGUCCUGAAGUUUCCUCACUGAGUGUUAAAGCAGAUAUAUUAACUGAUCUAAGGGGGGAUAAAGUAUUUACUAAUGAUGCAACAAAUAUGCAUGCGAAAGAAUUCAUUGCUGUUAGUGGAUUCAAUCGAGAAACCAUCGCAUCAACCGUGCCUGUAAGGAACCUUAUGGCAAACAAAACAUCUAAGAGUGAAACUGUUAGUCGCAAAACCUUUUCAGCGCAAGACAAGCUUUGGUCGAUCUAUGCAGCCGGAAAUACAGUGCCUAUUCCUUUUUUGAGGGCAACUGAUAUAUCACCAAUUGCACUCUUAUCUGAUAAUUUAUUUGGAGGCAAGCAAAAAGAAAAUAGUGGCACGGUGGCUGCGGAAGCAUUGCAAGAACUUUUUGCUGGAGAUGCUCAGUCAAAGAAGAGGAGGGGACAAAAUGAGCCGAUGGCCCUUCCUCCAAGUGUUUAUCAGAGACUUACCUCUAGUCCCACCCUUAUGAAUUUGGCUCAAGCUCUGGCUUAUCACAAAAUGUGCUAUGAAGAGAUGCCACUUCAAGAUCUGCAAGUAGCGCAAGAACAACAGACUAUUCAAAAUUUAAGUGAUACUCUGAGAACCAUUCUGCGCCUUUAGGCUUUUGUACCACACUGUGAUUCUUUUAUUGUGUGUUUUUCUGUCAAAAGAAAAGUUGUGUUUUCUGUC